CAGAGUGCCGCAUCAACAAAGCAGUCUACAUUCGCGACACGCCGCAAUUGAAAGUUUUGUCCGACAAACGCACCACAAUUGCCCUCCUUCUCUCCCACAUCGAUUCCGCGAUGCAGCGACAACCAUCCCUUCCAGACCUGCAUUUUUCAUCGCUGCACGACAAAAUUGACGCCUGGCUAGACGGCACCGGCCUCGACACCGAGUACAAUUCAUCUCCCAACAUCAAGAAGCGCGCUUUCGACCCCGACAUGCCGACACCGACGGGAACCUCGCGAUCGGGAUCGCCCUCCAAACGUCAGCGCACAGAUGGUGCAGCAUCGCUAUCAAACCAGUCUCUCCAGAGCGCACAAUCUUCAUCCUUUCCGCCUACAUCGCAAUCCAUUGCCUCAAUUUCCAGGCGGCCCCGGUCUCCGAAGAAAACAGCGGAUAAGUUGUUCGGAAAGGUUUUCAACGCCAACGCGUCUUUGGACAACCAACCGGAAACACCACUGCCUCCCGAUAUGCUGAAUCUCUACGAAAACAUUAUGGACAUACAUGACAACACUAUACCAAUUUACCCUCUCGGCGCAAAAAAUCAAAUCCAAACUUUGAUCAGGAACACUUCAGAUGACAGAUUUAUUCCAGACCCUGAUUUUGAGCAACAUGAGGACAAGAAGAAACUGGACGCCGCGAUCGAACUGGACGACUUGCUAGCCAUACAAAAAACCGCGGAGAGGUGUGCGAGGUACCUUAGCCAUGAAGGUACAUGGAACUCUGAUGUUCACGCACGGAUUUUGAGGCGUGCAGCGGCUCCCUAUAGUGGAAUCACGGCGGUAGGGGCCACAACAGCAGGCAUUCAACCUGAAUGGCGAAGCGGAACUACGGCGGACGACGCCUCAAAUGGCAGCAAAAUGGUGGACUAUCUCCUAAUUAUUGACGAUUCAGACAUUGCACUGGGGCAUGCAAUUCGAAAUCACACCAGAAUGGUUAAUCAGACCUCGGUUGACGAUUUUUUGGAGCAACCUAUCGGCAUUAGUAUCGAAACCAAAGUUUCGCAAACUUGGUCGAACCAGGGAAAAUUGCAGCUCGGAAACUGGAGUGCUUCAUUGCUCUACAGAUGGUCCCUGUUGCCGACCCUUUGCACCGAUUCAUGCCGCAAGCCCGACGACUAUGUAGCGCCGCCCGUGAUUAAGGCUUUACCAAUCGUCCUCGUCACCGGUCAUUUCUGGGAGGUUUAUUUUUUUUGCGACGAAGAAGACAACUACCAAAUGUAUGGGCCAGUCGACCUUGGAAACACCAGGUCGUUGAAGGAAAUAUAUAAGCUACUUGCGUCAUUGCGGGUGCUUAUCCGAUGGGUGGAUGUCCAAUUGCGUGAUUGGUUUUAUCGCCUUUUCCAUGUUAGGUAGCUUAGAAGGGUUAAAAAAUCGUUAGUCAAAGUCGGGUAUUUCUUCGGCUCAGCUGGUGGACGGACGGUCGCUACACGCUGCAGAGCGGGGGCCUUGAUGUCGUCGUGCUAGAGAAUACAACUGUCACUAGAAGAGGCGCAGAUAAACAAGCCCAGCUGGUCACUCGGAUACUGAACUGCGUCUGUCAGCUCGCAGCCUCCAUCUAAACAAGCCUGGUCCGUCACACAUAUUGGUCCGUCUGCUCAUGUCAGGCGCAGCUAGUGCCUCAACGGAG